AUGGCGGCCUGGGGAGAAGCCAACGAUUUCUGGGGCCCCCAGGACAGUCAUGAUGCCCAGAAACAGCAGCAAGAGAACCAAGAAUCAGCAACCGCAGCUGGUCUUACCUCCAAAGCAGCAGCACCACCGCCUUUGGCAGCGGCAACACCAGUAGCCGUGCCGGUUGAGACGAAGAACAAGGACAGCAAGGAGAACACUCGUCCUGGAUCGUAUGCUACGUGGACGCCACCCGCCAGGGCUUCUGGUCCAGUCAAGAAGGUUUUAGAGCCCGUGGAGAUCGCAGACAAGUCCAAAUUGCCGUCGAAUACUUCGACUCACCAGGUCAUCACGGUCACCUCACCGCGGUCACCUAAACAUGAGAUAGUAAAAGACCAUCAUGAACCCGGAGAUGCGGCUGUAGAAGUAUCGCGCCCGUCUCUGCUUGCGAGCACUGAGAACAGAGCAGAUCCUCCGGCUGCUACUGCCGUCACGGCUGCGCCGACACCAGCACAAUCACACGUCCACAAGCGACGUGAUCACGGCUCCUCGUCGACAAACAACACAACCAAUAAUGAGCCACUAGACACUAGCAAGGCCAACGUAAAGGAGGUCGCACAGCCUGUGGACAUGCGCGCCAGGAUUGUGAAGAAUCUGGAAAAGCAGAAACGCAACAGAGCGGCUGCUGCUGCUGCAAGGCACCUAGAAGAAGAAGCAGCACUCGACCGAGCCCGCGAGAAGCAGCGGCAAAAGGAGGAGCAAGACCGACAGGCUCAGGAAGAAGGAGAUUCUUCCUCUGAAGCGGCUCAGCGUCACGACGAUGGAGUGCAGCAGAAACAACUGGUACUCCCAUCGGCGGACGGUAUGUCACUUCGAGAUUCUACGCCCGCACAGAAACAACAUGGACAGCAUGGCGUCUCGAGAUGGACCACUGCCAGCCAAGCUGCCACUACGGGGCUCGACGACCAUCACUCGCAAGACGGGGACCAAGUAGACGAUGAUCUCGUCGCUUCCCAGGACAGCGCCAGAGCCGCAAGCGAAGUAUCCUUUGAGCCGGACAUUCGAGGCGGCGAUCUGACCAUGCCGUCUGUCCGAAUUGACUGGGAUGCAUGCCGGCAACGCGGAUGGGGUGAUUGGGCGCAGAGAAGCGCGGGCUCCGGCGCGGAGUUUCCUGUCGACUCUGAGCUCGAGAGAUAUGUCAAGUUCUGGCUGAAGUCAGCGCGCGACUUUCGCCAUCACGCCAUCAAGAUCAAGCGCCACAAGGAUCACGAGCAUUGCGACGUCGACACAAUGACGGGCGACCUACUAGGGCCGAUCGCGUUUCCGCAUAUUGAAACUCAUCCUGAAGACAAGAAGAAGACCAUGAAUCACCGGUUCUUCGCUGGUAUUAGUAUGCCCGGAGCAAACAGCGGCGAUGCUAAGCGAGGACACGACCAAGGAGCUGGACAAGAAAUCGUCCCUGACUCGACGACCUCCUCCACGAGUGACAGGCUUCAGUCAGAAGGCACGGCGAUGUCAACUGACGUCAAAAUACCCAGCCACCUCCGCCCUGCCACAGAGGCAGACAUGAAGGCCGUGGCGGAAAUCUACAAUCUCGAGGUCCGCGACUCGCACAGAACGCUCGACACCAACCCAGUCGCCGAAACCGACUUUGAUCAGCUCUUCACCCGACUAAAAGCCAUCGACGCGCCCUUCCUAGUCGCAGUAAAAGGCUGGCACAAGUCUCUUCUUCCUUCUUCCCCCUCGGCGGCCCGCAAACGUAGGAAUGCCACCACCACCAACAACAAGAACAACAUCAUCAUCGGCUUCGCCCUGGUCGACGUCCUAAGCCCCGGCAUCGCCGGCUCGCCCCUCACCUGCGCCGCCCCCUGCGGCCGCAUCACCCUGAUAGUCCACCCAGACCACCGCGGAAAGCGCAUCGGCACCGCGAUGAUGGACGUCAUCCUGUCCGUCUGCUCCCAGCGCCACCACUCCCUGGGCGGGUACCAGUUCGUCAACCCGUCGGACGACCGGCGCUUCGUGGAGCCCAUGGACAACCUCCGCAGGUGGUACACCCUCUUCCUCGACCUGCUCGUCGAGAGCAGCCCCGAGAGCGCCACUCUCUACCAGAGAUUCGCCGCCUCCGCUGACGCUGCCGCGCCGCCGCGCACGGCAGAGCACCGCGCCCAGCGGCUCCGGCAGCACAGGGAGUGGUGGGUCGCCGAGUGGCUCGAGUCGCGCUUCGGGACGCUGCUCGUCGAGCACACGGAGAGGCUGUACAAGCACGACAGCGCCGACGCAAAGGGCCGCGGCUGGCUUGACCGGCUUGUCAUGAAACACGAGUGCCGUAGCAAGUAG